UCUUAGAUCUAUUUAGUAAGUAAGACUUUUUUUAUUUAUUUAUAGUCCUUAAAAAUAGUAAUGCCCCACUUUUUUUAUUUUAAGUACGUUUUUAGUUAUUUAUAAAACAGCCUGCAAUCACAGGGAGAGUGUUUCGGGCGGUCACGUGAUCAGAGGGUUUUGCACCUACGUCAGAGAAGCCGAGCUGGUGCCGACUCAUGAUCCUCACCGUCCUCCUGCAUUUAAACUCUCCGACUUACCUUUCUGAAAGCCUGCUGUCUUUGAGUUUCCUCUAGCUGGUGACCGAAAGACACAUUUAUACUAAUGCAAACUGAAUUAUUAACGCGCAGGGAGCCGUGCAGCUCUUAAUAAUGUUGCCCGGCUCGCAUUAACGUUGUCAAUGUGGCGAACGUGAAUGCAACCAAAACAUGUGCCCCCGCUAAAGAAAACCACUGGUGCUAUUCUGCUGCGUUCAAGUUUCCAGGUGUGUUGCUGAGCCCAUGGAGAAGCCAUCACCUUCAGGCAGAGCAGCUCUGGAGGAGAGAAAUGCCCUGGUGGAGGAUGUUGGAAUACUGAGGGUUGCCGAAGGAGGAGAAGAGGAUGCUCAGACCCCGAGGAAGAGCAGCUCCUCUCGCUCCUCCCGCAAGAGCUUCCGCUUGGACUACCGGCUGGAGGAGGAAGUAACAAAGUCCUGCCGGGACAAACAUGGCCGCUGGACCAACCCCUGGCCUACAUGGCGGUUCCCUUCCUACACCACCCUGCUCAGAUUCUUUUUAUUGGAUAAAAAUCACAGCAAUGUACCAACUAGUAAAGAGGCUCUGGACAUUGAGCUCCCAGUGAUGGAACCCUACUUCGUCCAGAGCCCAGACCUCUCUGACUCUGGUCCAGGUCUGAGAGUCACCUGGCUGGGUCACGCCACAGUUCUGGUUGAAAUGGACGGGCUGAAUAUUCUGACAGACCCAAUAUUCAGUCAGAGGGCCUCACCGUUCCAGUUCAUGGGGCCCAAAAGGUACAGAGGACCCCCCUGCACUGUGGAACAGCUGCCCAGGAUCGAUGCUGUUGUCAUCAGUCAUUCUCAUUAUGACCAUCUGGAUGCCGGCUCCGUGGCCAGCCUUAACGCACGCUUUGGAGGGGAGCUACGCUGGUUCGUGCCCCUGGGUUUGAUGGACUGGCUGGUAAAGAUGGGCUGUGAGAAUGUGAUGGAGCUGGAUUGGUGGGAGGAGAACUGUGUCCCGGGUCAUGAUGAUGUUACCUUCGUCUGCACACCCUCCCAACACUGGAGCAAACGCACAGCACUGGACGAUAACAAGUCUUUAUGGGGCAGCUGGUCUAUUUUGGGUCCGGAUCAUAGAUUUUUCUUUGCUGGUGAUACCGGCUACUGCACUUCCUUCCAGGAGAUUGGACGGCGCUUCGGACCAUUCGACCUCGCAGCAAUCCCCAUUGGCGCUUACCUUCCCAGGGAUAUGAUGCAGGGGCAGCAUGUAGAUCCAGAAGAGGCCGUUCGGAUUCACCAAGACCUUCAGGCCAAACAGUCUGUGGCCAUUCACUGGGGAACCUUUGCUCUUGCCUAUGAGUUCUACCUGGAGCCCCCGGUUCGCCUCAGAGAGGCCGUGGAACAGAAAGGACUGAAGCCAGAAUCCUUUUUCACUUUGCACCACGGGGAGUCUCGCCUUCUCUCUUCACAGGAAGGAGACGUCUUUGACUGAUCCGCUCUGCAGCGUUUCAUGGGCCG